AUGGAGAACAACGAAGAUAAGCAACAACAGGGGCAACAGGCAGGGGGAGCGGCCGCAGCGCCUGCUCCAGCCAACGACGAAGUCAUCGAAACCAACUACGACGAAGUUGUAGACUCGUUCGAUGCUCUCAAGCUCAACGAAAGCCUCCUCAGAGGUAUUUACUCGUACGGUUUCGAGAAACCUUCGGCCAUUCAGCAGCGGGGCAUCAAGCCUAUUCUUGACAGGCACGACACUAUCGGCCAGGCUCAGUCGGGGACGGGGAAAACCGCCACUUUCGCAAUCGCUGCUCUCCAGCUCAUCGACUACAACAUCAACAACUGCCAGGUUCUCAUUCUGGCUCCGACCCGUGAAUUGGCCCAGCAGAUUCAGAAGGUCGUGUUGGCCUUGGGUGACUACCUGCAAGUUCGAUGCCAUGCAUGCGUCGGAGGAACAGUUGUUCGCGACGACAUUGCCAAGCUUAAGGCAGGUGUCCACAUGGUGGUCGGAACCCCCGGGCGUGUCCACGAUAUGAUGGAGAAGCGUCACCUUCGUGUCGACGACAUGAAGCUCUUCAUUAUGGACGAGGCAGACGAGAUGCUUUCUCGUGGAUUCAAGUCCCAGAUCUACGACGUCUUCAAGAAGCUCCCGCCUGAUGUACAGGUCGCCCUCUUCAGUGCCACGAUGCCUCAGGACAUUCUGGAGCUGACAACAAAGUUCAUGCGAGACCCGAAGCGUAUUCUCGUGAAGAACGACGAACUGACGCUGGAAGGUAUUCGCCAGUUCUACGUCGCGGUCGAGAAGGAAGACUGGAAACUCGAGACGCUCUGUGACCUGUACGAGACCUUGACGAUCACGCAGGCAAUCAUCUACUGCAACACCCGCAGAAAGGUCGAUUUCCUCACCAGCAAGAUGUCCGAACGCGACUUCACCGUGUCGUCCAUGCAUGGUGACAUGGACCAGAAGAGCCGCGAGAUGAUUAUGCGCGAGUUCCGAUCGGGUUCCACGCGUGUCCUCAUCACCACAGAUCUUUUGGCUCGCGGUAUCGACGUGCAACAGGUGUCGCUGGUUAUCAACUACGACUUGCCUGCAACGAAGGAAAACUACAUCCACCGUAUCGGUCGAUCUGGCCGUUUCGGUAGGAAGGGUGUUGCCAUCAACUUUGUGACGUCGAGCGAUGUGGAGCAGCUGAAGGAGAUCGAGAAGCACUACAACACGCAGAUUGAGGAGAUGCCCAUGGAGGUGGCGGAAUUCUUCUAG